AUGUAUGGGCGAGCUCCCCGAGUCACCCUCUUGACAACAAGUGGAAACCUUUGUGGAACACCAUCUACAGUUGGCCCCGGAUCGUACGAAGUCACCCGAGGCAACUUUAAAAUAACAGAUGGCUAUGCUCCUUUCUUGUCCUUGACCAACAGACCGUCUCUAUUCAGCAAGUCCGGAGAGAGGAUACCAGCACCUGGAGAGUAUGACUACUCACCUGUUAAGCUAAAAGUUCACGGUGGCUGCAGUCUUCAGAACCGUUCCAGGCGUUUUGAGAAGGUUGCAUCAGAGGUUCCGGGCCCCGGGGCCUACGAUGUUCUGCCUGUCUCAGGAAACACGCUAUGGCCAAUGACUCCUGAUGCAGGGCAGUCUAAGAAGCUUGGCAGGAAAAUGGCUAAAAGUCUCCGGCUGGUUCGUCAGUCAGAUAUCCCAUCCAUUCCUUCCCCGGGCCAGGCCUUUGGCUAUGAGGAGGACACCCUGGGUGUGCUCCACAAGCAGCGGCCUCCACCCAGGGAUACAACCCUGGGGCCAGCCUACUACAAUCCACUGCUGUCAGAGAGGAGUACUGCACAGAAGUAUAAAGGUGUCCACUUUGGCAACAUGACAGGGAAGAGAGGUGAGGUGCUAGUGGAGGAGGGACCAGGUCCAGGACAAUAUUACCCUGCGAUAGUCCCAGAAACACAAUAUGUGAAUGUGAACCUUCAAAAAGAGCAGAAAGGCAGAACGGAGCUUAUCGUCCCUCGUUACCAUGAACUGGUGCCCAAGCAAGAGGAAAAGAAGGCAAUUCCUGGUCCAGGCCAGUACCACAUCAGAGGUCAAUUUGAAAAGCCUGUGAAGUCCAGUCGCACCAUGCAGAAUGUAACUAGCUCCUUCCUCUCUCAGACUGAGAGGUUUAACCCUGUGAAAGAAGUGGCUCCUCCUGUUGGUGCAUAUAACGACCCACGCUGUGCUCUGGAGCUGUUGAAGAGGACAACAGGAGUGAAGAAAAGUCCAUUUGGCCUCACUGCAGUGCGCUUUACUCGUAAUGACAAAAAAUCCUCUAUACCCGGUCCAGGUUCCUACAAUGUGUUUGACUAUGGUUUAGCCCAGGACAGUUUUAAAAAGGCAUUUUUUGAGAGAACCAGGAAGGGAGGCUUUGGCUCCACUGUUCAGCGCAACUCCAUCUUUCUCAACAAGGAAUCGAUAGAGGCCCCAAGUCCAGGACAGUAUGAGACAAAAAUGAAGACAGAGGAAGACUACAAAAAGCAGCACACAGCUGUAUUCAAAUCAGUCACAGAACGUCUUGCAUCAUCCCUGCUGGCUAAAGAUUCCCCUCCACCCAACAGUUAUGAUGUGGUUAAGGCAUUUGAGAAAGCUAAUGGCAACUCCUUCUCAGAACCCCGGAAUGAGGGAGCCAAGAGACGACAAACCUGCUUUCUCUCAGCUGCACCACGGGAUGAUCUCUUUUUACAAUGUGACCCCAGUAUACCAGGCCCUGACCGGUACAAGCCCAGUGUAAACUCCCUCUCUCAAAUGGCUCUAAUCACCUCCAAAGAAGAUCGAUUCAAAGUCUCAGUAAACACCAACCCUGGGCCUGGAUCUUAUCAGCUGAGUCCAGGCAUCAUGAACACGGUGCUGAAGGGCACCUUCAACGUGACACUCAGCAACCCUCUGUGUCCCUCCUGUUCCACCCACAUAGCCCCCGGCCCGAUAACAGCACACAAUACCAUUAAUGCUGUCUCACCCAACACCUUCAUCUCCAGCAACACUUCCUAG